AUGGCUCGAGAAUACAUGAAGAAUAUCAAGCGCUUUCGAAUUCUGGUAAUGGGCAGGGCGAAUGCUGGUAAAACCACCAUCCUCCAAAGAGUUUGCAACUCUACAGAUAAGCCAGAGAUUUUUGAUGGGAAGGGAAACAAGUACUCCCAGCGUGGCUACCACGAUAUCAAGCAUGAGCUUGUGUUUCGGAGUAACCCGGGCUUUGUGUUCCAUGACUCCUGUGGGUUUGAAGCAGGCACUAGUCAGCAGUUUGAUCAGAUGAAGAACUUCGUGCGUGAUCAUGCAGUCACAAGGAGUGUUAAUGAGCGUAUCCAUGCUAUCUGGUUUUGCAUCCCCAUGACUGACUACCACAGAACAGUAACUGCAGCUGAGCAGAAAUUCUUUGAUGAGUGUGACACAGGGCAUGUUCCUGUGGUAGUGCUGUUGACAAAGGUGGAUGCUUUGUACCUCACUGCAUUUAGGGAGCUUCUGGAUCAAGGUUUGGCACUAGCUGAGGCAAAGGAAAGGGCUGUGGGAAGGCAGGGUGAACUGUUGGAAAAGUGGCUUGACUACAUGAAACAAGAACUUGGCAAGUGCAAGUUUCCACCUCAAAGAUAUGUACCACUUCAGAAAAUGCAUCAAGAGAAUGCAGACUGCAAUGCUCUGAUGGAGUGUACAGCAAAUGUGUUGAAUGAGGAAGGUUUACAAAGGUUACUUAUAUCAACACAGCAGUCAAGUAUUGCACUAUGUGUUCAGUAUGGUGUACAGAAGUAA